GCACCGAGGCCAAGAAGAGAGAGAGAGAGAGAGAGAGAGAGAGAAUAAGAGGCGGAGGUGGAGGUGGAAUCAACUCCCGCGGAGGAGGUAAAUAUAUAGAUGCCCUUCGGGGCGACGGGGGCCGUGGGAUCGAGAUCGGAGGGCGGGGGGAUGGGGGUGCGGAGCGAGGACGCGGUGGUGAUACAGGUGGGGAAGCGGGUCGGGGAGCCCGCCGUGAUCACCGUCAAUUGCCCCGAUCAGACGGGCCUCGGCUGCGAUAUCUGCCGUAUAAUCCUCGAGUUCGGCCUCUGCAUUACCCGAGGAGAUGUUUCGACGGAUGGGCAAUGGUGCUACUUAGUGUAUUGGGUUGUUCCGCGCUCAACGUCCGUGACCAUCCCGUGGACUAGCUUGAAGAAUCGGCUGUUGUCGUCGUGCCCAACGUGUUCGAUCCCGUUCUACGUAGACUUGAAUCGGCCGGGGACUUCUCCGGUCUACCUUUUGAAGCUGUUCUCCAUGGAUCGGAAGGGAUUGUUGCAUGAUGUUACUCAAGUUCUCUGUGAACUCGAACUCUUGAUUCAUAGAGUGAAGGUCUCGACCACGCCAGAUGGUAGAGUCGUCGAUCUCUUUUUUAUAACCGAUGGAAUGGAGCUCUUGCACACCAAAAAGAGACAAGAUGAGACAUGCAAAAGGUUAAAUGAUGCAUUAGGGUCCUCCGUGAGUUGCGAGAUUCUAUUAGCUGAAGGCUUUCAACAGGGCUUCUCCUCUCUUCCACCGGAAGUUGCGGAAGAGCUUUUCAGGCUGGAGCUAUCGGACAGCGAGCUUUGCUCGCACUCGCUUAGCCCAGAAAUGAGAAAGCUAAAGAAGGCUAACAUUAACUUUGACAAUUCAUUGAGCCCUUCGCACACUUUGCUGCAAAUUCAUUGCGUCGAUCAAAAAGGCCUCCUUUACGACAUUUUGAGGACCACGAAAGACUGUAACAUUCAGAUAAAUUACGGGCGAUUCUUAUCGGACAUGAAGGGCUUUCGAGAGGUGGAUCUUUUUAUUCAGCAAACUGACGGGAAGAAGGUUGUGGAUUCAGAGAAGCAGGGUUUUCUCUCUUCUAUGUUAAGAGCCGAGAUGCUCCAUCCGCUACGCGUAAUGAUCAUAAGCCGCGGCCCAGACACUGAACUCCUGGUUGCUAACCCAGUCGAGUUAUCGGGAAAGGGUCGGCCUCGUGUGUUUUAUGAUGCUACACUUGCUCUCAAACUGCUUGGAAUAUGCAUCUUCUCGGCCGAAAUUGGAAGGCAAGCAGCAUCAGAGAGGCAGUGGGAGGUCUAUAGAUUUCUCUUGGACGAAAGCCGCGAGUUUCCGCUAGCAAAUAGUAGAACGAAUAGGAAUCAGGUUGUGGAUAGAGUAAGGAGAACACUAAUGGGCUGGUAAAUUAAGCUUAUUAGCCUCUGUAUUACCGCUGGAAAGUUAGAAUGGGCUUUUUAUGUUGUGUUUUAUGUAGUCUAGUUACCUUCCAAUGUGCUUCUGUUUGUUUAGGGGUGGCCCCAGGCUUGUUGAGUCUCAGUAAGUGUACAGUGCACCCAUUCACCAUCUUAUAUAUAAUAUAAUGCUAUGUGUAAUUAUUUCCUCUUGUUAAUAAUGAAUGAUUAUCUUAAUCUAAGUGAUUUGUCGUUUUGUCAA